UGAUGCCUGCAACUGUCGCUACCUCUGACAUCAAAUGCAUUCUAAAGUUUGUAGGAAUUGUGAUUGUAAUUGUCAGAUCACUAUAUUAGAUGAAUUACGGUACAAACUAGUAAACUACACUGAAUACACUAACCACGGAAAGUCAUUUUCAUUACGAAGAGCGUUAAUAAAUUCUUUUCAUAACACGUCAAACUGAUUUUUUUUUGUCUGGUAAAAACACAUUCUUCUACAUGACAGAAAUAUUUUCAUCGCUAUACGGCCAAAAUGAAGCUCAGGGACCUUCGGGACCUUCCGCGAUGGGGUUCGGCCCCGGGAAACCACUUCCACCACCGGUGCCCCAAAACCCAGUGCACAUGGCGGUGCCCAUUCCACACCAACUUGUAGAUGAGGGGCCUCCGCUCCGAAAACCUGCAGCUAUGAACGAACCCUUUUACCUAGUGCGAGAACUGCCAAUGGAAAAUGAGUUGACUGGAAACACCAACCUAAUUACACACUACAAUCUGGAACAUGCAUACAAUAGGUUUUGUGGCAAGAAAGUAAAAGAGAAGCUCAGCAACUUUCUCCCAGAGUUACCUGGUAUGAUAGACACACCAGGUCUUCAAGAUGGAAGUUCUUUGCGCUCGCUUAUUGAGAAGCCACCGGUGUGCAACAACUCCUUCAGUCCUCUGACUGGAACCAUGCUCACUGGGUUCCGACUGCAUACUGGCCCUCUUCCCGAGCAGUACAGACUGAUGCACAUUCAGCCUCCAAAGAAGAAGAGCAAACAUAAACACAGACACCACCGACCUCAGGACCCCUUACCCCCAGAAACACCGUCAGACUCGGACCACAAGAAAAAGAAGAAGAAGAAGGACGAUGAUCCUGACAGAAAGAAAAAGAAGAAAGAUAAGAAGAAAAAAAAGAAUCGUCACAGUCCUGAUCACCCCGGCAUGACCAGCUCUCAGCCCAGCAGCAGCAGUCUGAGAUAGAAGCACACAGAACGAGAGAUGCAGAGACAAUUCACUGUAAAUAGCAUUAUAAAACCAAUGGGAAAAGUGGUUAUUUUAAUUGUGUGUGUGUGUGAGAGAGAGAGAGAGAUUGCAAAAAUGAGAGCAGUGCAGGUUUUUAUUAUUAAUAUUAUUAUUUUUUACUUGUGUAUGUUACUCAUGUAUAUGCUUCAGAUGAGACUACAAAUCAUACUGCAACAAACUGUAUAUUUUAAAGCAGUUAGCCACUGUAUGUUUAUUUAUGCAAUAAUAAGUUAAUAAGGAAAAAAAAUGUCAUGGACACUGUGACAAUGUGAACAUCUUUCAAUAAGUCAGUAAAAACACUUCGCAAUUUUUUAAUUUGGCUUGUGAUUCAUAUUUCACUUUAUUCCCCCCCCCCACUAUUAUUCAUAAAAUAUUUACAACAGUAAAUAUUCAAGAAAACACAGAGCAAAA